AUGCCCACAGCCUGCCGGGCCCCCGUGAAAGCCCCAGGGGAGCUGGGGUGCCCGCUGGCAGCACCCCUGGGCGGCCUGCAGGAACACGGGGUCCCCAAGCUCCCCGAGCCUCUGGGCAAGGGCAAGAGCAAGAAGCGGAGGAACAGGACGACCUUCAGCACGUUCCAGCUGGAGGAGCUGGAGAAGGUCUUCCAGAAGACGCAUUACCCCGACGUCUACGCCCGUGAGCAGCUGGCACUACGGACAGACCUGACCGAAGCCAGGGUGCAGGUCUGGUUCCAGAACCGACGGGCCAAGUGGCGGAAACGGGAACGGUACGGGAAAAUCCAGGAGGUGAGAGAUGCGGCGGCGGCUGCCUGCCCCAGCCCUCUCCCCCCCAGGGCAGGGGUCCCGUCCCAUUGCACCCGGGGUCCCCACCGCUAA